GCCAAAAAAUUUAUCGGAUUCCCGGCAGCACAAAACAAUGAACUAAUACAUAUUCAAAUGAAACCGGAUAUUGUACGAUGGUCCCAAGACAUUGAUGAUAGCUGGAAGAGGAGCAUGAAAGCAUAUACCAAUUUUAUCAGGCGAAGCUCCCAAGGAAACACUCUCUUUAUAUACUCCCUCCCCUUCUUUCCUUCGAAAACUUUCAGCUUCUUUUUUCUUUUUUUUUAUCAGUAGUAAAGACGGGGCCGUCUCCCGGUUAGUUCAGCCUCCUUUCUGAUCAAAACUUUGGUCGGUCUUUGGUUUCUUUGUGGUGCAAAAGUUUCUGACCGGAGAAGAUCUGAUGAUGAGAUUGGGCAGUUAUUGCCAGUUGAUGACAGUUAUAAGUGUGUCCUUUCUGUGCCUCUUCACUAUCUUCAUCCAGAGCUCAUGUGCCGCCAAUGAUCAUAGUCCCGUGCCAGCGCCGCCCUCUCCCGAUAAUUCAUCCGCAUGCGUGCUGGAUUUCUCAACAUACAAUUACAAGCCUAGUGGAGACUGCCUCAGAUCAAAGGAGAAGAUUGAUGAAUGGGGCAGCUACCCAACCACUCUCUGUUGCCGGAACGCUCUCACGGUCCUCUCCGAAGCACUAGCUAUCCAAGCCCGUAAUCGAACACUGGGUUCCGACAACAUCUUCCUCGGACAAGGGCACUGGGUCAACUGUAGCGGGAACUUUCAGCGGCAGCACUCAGUCUCCAUCCAUUCUUGCGGGUUUGAGAACCUCUUCUAUGGGAGCAGCAAGUGUUCCAACCUCUCCCUCUCGAACAUGACGGAUUCGGUCUUCCUAGGAGAAGAGCAGUUCGGCGAGGCCAAAAACAACUGCUCAACCUUUGGGAGUUCGUUUGAUUCAGUGUGCAGUGCAUGUGCCAAAGGUGUUCUUGCUUUGAGGGAUGCGGUGCUUGAAAAGCUUGGUGUAAAGGAGAAUAAGACCGAGCAGGCGAUCUGUGAGGUUGGGGUGGUGAUUUCUCUUGCUGCGGAAAUGAUCUAUGAUACGUCAUGGACUGAUGACUUCUUCCAGUGUCUCCGGGUUCUGGACAAGUUGGAUCCGGACUAUGUGAAGAUCAAAUAUAAGACAGUGAAGGUAGUCUUCGCGUCACUGCUCGUGAUUGCCGGGUUCAUGCUGAUCGUGCUCCUGAUAAAGUACGUGAAGAGGAGAAAGCCCGAGAAACCUACUCCGUCGAGAGAGAUAACCACAUGGUCGGGCCUCUACCGGUUCUCCAAGGCCGAGAUUGAGAAUGCCAUAAACUUCCAGAAUGAGAGGAAGAGCCUCGGUAGAGGAAGUGCUGGGCAUGUCUACAAGGGGAUCCUCCCGAGCGGACAGGCUGUGGCCAUCAAGCACAUCAACAAGAGUAAUAUGUCCGAUUCCUUCACGAGGGAGGUUGAAGGCCUCUCACGCGUUCGGCACCCGAACUUGGUGUGUCUCUUCGGUUACUGCAUCGAGGGAGGAGAGCAGUACUUGGUUUACGAGUAUUGCCCCGCAGGGAAUCUUGCUCAACAUUUGCUAAGAAAGGACAGUGGUUUGACAUGGGACCGGAGAGUUAAGAUCCUCAGAGACUGUGCGCUUGCUCUUAGAUAUCUCCACCACUUCAUCGAUGGUUGUAUCGUUCAUCGAGAUAUCAAGCUUACCAACAUUCUUUUGACUGAGAACUUAGAACCAAAGCUCUCCGAUUUUGGAUUAGCAAAGAUGCUCGGGAUGGAAGAGAGCAAAGUGUUCACUGAUGUUCGAGGAACCAUAGGUUACAUGGACCCUGAGUACAUGAGCAAUGCAAAGCUAACUUGUGCUAGUGAUAUCUAUAGUUUUGGGAUUGUUGCCCUUCAACUGCUAUCUGGACAAAAAGUUAUCGAGCUUGAUCUUGAUGCCCGAGAUCAGCUCACAAGAAAGGCAAAGGAUGUGUCCAUGGGGAAACGUCCUCUAUCGGAUUUUGAAGAUCCGAGGUUGAAUGGAAACUUGAACAGAGCAGACUUCGAGUGCAUCCUUCAAGUUGCUGUCUUUUCUGUAGCAAAAUCGAGCAAAGACCGCCCAACCAUAGAUACCGUAUUUGAGGAGAUGGACAAAGCAUGGAAAAACACACUCGGAGACAUGAAAACACAAAGGGAGAUAAAUUCGAUGGCAACAUCCAUGUCAAGCUCUUUCGAUGGGAAGUAUGUGAUUAAAGUCUGACCAAUGAAACACCAAAAAGUCACAGUAGAGUGAGGAUGCAUUAUGAACAAUAAAAGAUAGCGCAGGGCAAUUAGAAAUGCACCUUGCAGCUAUAAACUCGAUGGUCUCCACACAAAGUCCUCAUUAACCAGUGCAAACAGUGUUAUAGCACGCUGGUGUGAAAAAAGAAGAUGAAAGUCGACAGGGUCAGUUACGAAUGCCGUACCAAGUCAAGAUUUUUCGUGCAGUUUCCUUUUUUGUAGCUUGUAAGUUUCAAUUUUGAUGAUUUGAAAGUUUGUACAAGAUUGUAAAUCAAGGUUUCUGUUGUAGGCUUUUUUUCGGGACAACAGUCCUAUGUUUUGUUCUAUGUAUUCUUCGAUUUCUUGUACUAGUAACAGAUACUUCUCAGUGUGAUCAAGCUUCAUGUGUAAGUACUUCCACAAAA